UGUUGGGGGCGGCAGGCGGCGUGGCGGGAAGGCGGCUGAUGGAGGAGCGCGAGAGUGGAGUGGAGCCGGGCCAGAGCCUACAGUUGGAGGCCGAGGUGGACAGGCUGGGCCUACAGCAUAAACUGCUGCGGCUGCCGCUGAGCCGGAUCAAGGGGCUGAUGAAAGCUGAUCCCGAUGUCUCGCUGGCGAGUCAGGAGGCUGUGUUCGCCAUCGGCAAGGCCACGGAACUUUUUGUUGAAGUGAUUGCGAAGGAUGCAUACUCAUUUGCUUUGCGGGGCAAGCGUAAAACCAUCCAACGAAAGGAUGUGGACAAUGCAGUUGAUGUUACAGAUGAAUUUGCAUUUUUGGAAGGAACUCUGGAUUGAAUUGGAGCCAAGCUUCACUAGCAGCCACACAUUGACUGUAACUGGAGAGCUGUGUUUAGAGAUCUCACUGUAUAAGUGUAUGUAUAUUUUGUAUAAUUUUGUAAAAAGGUAGUUGUACCUGUUACGAGUUAGUGAUUUCCUGAUGUGAAUGUUUGCAAUUAUGAAUACAUUAAAAGGUUUUGUAAUUUUUAUCUUGAAUACUGCUGUUGAUCAUAAGGCCUUUCAGUCAUGCUGCUGCUGAGGUUAGGAUAUGCAUGCAUACAAUAAAAUCCCAACAAGUAAGGUGGGAUCAAUAGUUUACGCAAAACAGAUCAUCGCUUGAACUAUAUCACUGAUACAAAACUAGCAGCAGCACCUAAUGAUAUAUCAUCUUUAGGAGGUGUGCUGAGUGAGUGAAAAGUUUCAGAGCACAGGCUUUUACAUUAUUGCACUUGCACUGGAUAUGAUCUGAAAUCUGUACUGUUUAAGACUGGAAAUCUAACUGCUUUGACCCUCAGUUAAUUCCAACCUGAAACAUUCCAAUAUACGUGCUAUUUUAUCACUUCACAUUAGUUACAAAUUCACUUGCAAGUGAACUUUGUGCUUUGCAGGAGGAUGUUAUGUAUUGAAAUACAAUUAUGUAAUUUGGUCAGUGAUUUCGAACGACCAUAGUAUUUAUUGUACUUGAAGUCAUCUUUGUGUCACCUGAGGUACACAACAGUCAUACUCUGUAUGCUUUUCUUUUGAACCAGGAUCACUCCAACCCCACAGCCCACAAUUUUCAUUUCUGUCAGCCCGUUUGUGUAUCUGAUGGUAAUGUACUUGAGGAAUCCAUUUUAAUAACUACUAGUAGAGUCCUUGGUCAAUAAACAGUACAUUUGUUACUACGUGCACAGUUUUGUGCUGUUCUGUCAGCUGUGCAAUAUGGGUUUGGUGGUGAAGGGUGAGAAUUGUAGGUUAAGUUGUAUAAUGUGUAAUAUCUUCAUGACCUAUUUUCAAGUGAUAAUCAUCUUUGUAUAAUCCCUCCUAACCUAAUUCCACUAAUUUAAUGUGCCCUGUGCUGUAUCAUGUUCUGUCUGCCCUUUCCACCCCCCAAAUGACAUGAAUACAAAAGUUCUCCAAUAAAUACAAUUAAAUUAACAUUGACCAUUAUUUGUUAAACUGGAUUCAGAGUUGUUUGUAAUACCUAUUAAUGCCAGUGGCCUGGAAGAGUCUGGUUUGAGAGUCAAGUUUUAAACGAUAAUUAUUGAUUAAAGAAAACUGUACAUUA